AUGAUUCGCCGACAAGCACGGGAGCGAAGGGACUACCUUUACCGCAAAGCACUCACACUCCGAGAUGCCUCAAUCGCCGAAAAGCGCGCAAAGCUCAAAGCCGCAUUAGCGUCUGGAAAGCCUCUUGAUCCCUCCAUCGCCAAUGACGCCGAGCUCCGCGAAGACUUCAAAUACGACGAGUCCCUACCCUCCAAGGGCCAAGGCAAAGAUGACGAGUUCAUGGACGUUGACGACGAAUAUGCCCUCACAAGUGGUCUGGUAGACCCUCGCCCACUGGUCACGACCUCCCGCUCUCCGUCGGCAAGACUCAGCACAUUCGCAAAAGAGAUUCGUUUACUGCUCCCGACCUCAAUUCGAUUGAACAGAGGUAACCUCAUUCUACCCGACUUGGUGUCCAGUGCAAACGCUGCUGCGCUUACCGAUAUGGUUCUCUUGCACGAACACCGUGGUACACCCACCGCAAUCACGGUAUCACAUCUCCCGCAUGGGCCAACUGCCAGCUUCUCAUUGCACAAUGUUAUGCUCCGCGCCGAUAUUCCCGAUUCAUCUCGAGGAACAGUUUCAGAAAGUUAUCCACACCUGAUCUUCGAAGGUUUCACCACAAACCUCGGAAAGCGCGUGGUUCAGAUUCUCAAGCAUCUCUUCCCUCCUCGAGAAGGCGGCGGAAAGCUUGGAAACCGAGUUGUCACAUUUCAAAAUAGAGAAGAUGCCAUCGAGGUUCGGCAUCACGUCUUUGUUCGAACGGGCUACCAAGACGUGGAGUUGGCUGAAGUUGGGCCACGUAUGACUAUGCGACUUUUCGAGAUCCGCGGAGGUACACUGGAGAAGAAUGCCGGUGGUGAUGUUGAAUGGGCUCUUACCCAGUAUACGAGAACGAGUCGGAAGAAGGAUUACCUUUAG